GUCAGAGCACACAGAUACACAAAACGCUUGAUUUAAAUAUAUACAGAGCACUAUAGGUGUUUUUCCUAAAUUGGUAAUUGGUAAUUGGUUAUCUUGUUGUUGUUUGUUUCGGUCGUGAAACAAAUGAAAUUCCCUUUUGCGCUUCAAAUAUUGCGCAGGCAAAGAAGGGAUCACAAAGCGAUCCGCAAUGUCUUACGUUCGACCAACUAAGGCCAGUAAUUUGCGGGCAUUGGCCAACAACUUGAGGGCUUCGAAUGAAAUUGCUCCCUCUGUGGUUGGGGCACGCUCACAGUCGCAGUCACCCAGCAGCCGAUUCGGUGUGUCGCCCAGCAUCUACACGGUCCGUAACUCUCACAGUCGCAGCAGGAGCGUUUUCUCAAUGCCAAAUCAAGGAAAGUUCUCGGAGUAUUCGUAUUCGGGUUCCUUUAACGACCACGCGACAGAGCCAGAGAAGUCCAGAGAAUGCAGGAGGAGCUCCCUAGCCAGAUCCCGCCUGAACACCCUAGCCGAGUCGUGUGCCCUGAGUCGUGCAACGAGCCUGGCAACGAGUCUGGCCAUCGAAGGUGGUGGCAAAUCCCAGCUGCGUACCGUCCAGACGCAGUACCAGAAGCUGCAGACUCUUCAAUCGGAAUUUGUGGAAUCGUUGAAGUCAUUGGAUCCGGAGGACUCCAAGCUGAUUGGAACGUACAGCUUUGUGGUUCUCGGCAAGGAUGAAUCGAACCGUUUGGCCCAAAGUUUGCCGGCGGAAAGUGUGCAGGAUAUGAAGGAUCGUUGUCAGGCGGCCGUCGAUUCGGGAUUCAUGCUGCUCUACGAUCACCUGGAGCCCAUCCAGAUGGCCAGGGACGAGUUCGAGGCGUGCCAUCGCAAAGAGCAGCUGAAAGUUAAGCUGAAGGAUCUUCUGAGCCUAAAGAUGGAGAACAUUGUCGAGAGCAUUGAUCAGCUGUGUGUGACACCUGUCGGCCCACAGGCAUCGCUCAACAGCCAUUUAUACCGCGACAUUGGCUGGCUGCGGCGGCAGAAGCAGCAAAUGGAGUCGCGGUUCCUGCAGCUCAACAAGGAUCACAGCGAGCAGCUGAACAGGCUCAAGGCGGAUCUCGAGGCAAAGCUGAAGGCUAGCGAGGAGCACUGGCAGCAGACGCUGGACGAGCUGAGGGAGCGGCUGCGGCGCAGCGAGGUGCAACGAAAGGAAAACGCAUGCCAGCUGGCCGUACAGAAUGCUGGCAUGACGGCCAAGGACAGCACCAUCGCCUCGUUGCAGGCGGAUAUGAACAAACAAAUCUCUCGCAACAUGGAGCUGAAUCAGGUGGUGAAGGGUUCGGAUGGUGCGCUGCUCUUCACACAGAAAGAGCUGGAGCAGAGCAGGAAGCAUAUUGCCUAUCUGGAGGAGGAGCUGAAUGUGGGACGUCAGCUCAUAGACGAGCUACAGCUGCAGCAGCGUCCCGCUGUACAGGAUAUCCAUCAGGACGUGGAGGAGAAGGAUCGCAUCAUAGGUGACUUGCACCUCAAGGUGCAGAAUCUGUUGCAGCUGCAGGCAGUGCACGAGGAACACGAGCCGAAUACUCUGCAGCUGGACACGCAGAUCAGUGAGCUGCAGCAGAAGCUGAAUAGCACCGAAAUGCAGCUCGAUGCCAAUGACCAGAGGGAGGAGCAGCUGCACUCGGAUCUGGAGAUUGUGAAGAAGGAGCUGUUCCGGUCCGAGCAGCUGGUGGUCAAUCUGCGGGAGCACGCGAUUCGCGACCGCGAGAAAAUAUCCACGUGCACCCACGAAAUCAACGAGCUGAAGAAGUCCAUCGAUCACCUGAACUUGGCAUCUGCCGACAAGGACACGCAGCUAAAUCAGGUGAGCAUCGAGCUGCACGCGAAGGAUGAGCACAUGGGCCAUCUGUAUGAGAAGCUGAAUCGCCAGGCGGAGAAGAUCCGGUUCAUGGAGGAGUAUGCAAAAAUUAGCUCCGACGACAAUGCACGCCUUUUGCAAAUUCGAAACAAGCAGGAGGAGAAAGAACAUCCAACUGGACUGGGAGAUCUCUCAACUAAAAAACAACGUCAAGGAACUCCACGACUACAUUGUCCGCAACAGUCAGCAGGCUGCCGAAGUUCUCGGCUUUGAGGUCGGCAACUACUCCAUGUGUCAGGAAUAUCAGAAUUCGCAGCCACUGACGCAGCCGCAGGGCAACUUGGAGUCCCCCGUAGCAUACCUCGAGCCACUGAAUGGCCAUUUUGUCCAGCAGCAGCAGCAGCACCCCAAUUCGGGCAGCCAUCAGCCACAGCAGCACCAUCAGUAAGCAGACAGGCGACAGCCGUCCGCCGUCCGCCGUCAGCGAUUCCCGUAGCGACUUCCGCCAUCUCCUCAUGAAUGUGCCACAGACCAGACAACACGAAACCCCUUCAUAUUCAGCCGCUAAAUUUAUGGUUACCAUUUUGCAUGUUUUUUUUUUUAGUGAAUAUUUAAGAAUAAAUACGAUUUAUAAUUGA